AUGGGCGGCUCAGUUGAUUCUUCAACAAACGAUCUCAUCGCCAUCCUUGAUGAUGUAAAGCCCAGUCAAUUCGGCGGCGAUGAAGUCGAGCGCCUUCGCGUCCGUGCAGCUGCCCGUCGUCUUUUAUCCAGAGUUGAAACUCCAUAUGAACGAGCGUGGGGUUUUUGCUUUGAACAUCCUGCUGUUUUCGCGGCGCUGCAGACUGCGAUUGAUUUGGGAAUCUGGACGGCUUGGACCAAAGAGGGUGGUGGGAAGAAGACGAUUGAUGAGUUGGUCAAGUUGACAGGGAGGGAUGUUGAACCUAACUUGCUGCGACGUCUGUUCCGUCUCUUGGCUGCGUUUUAUGUAGUUGAGGAGACUGGCGUAGAUACUUUCAAGCCUACGCCCUUCUCUUACGCUAUAGGUGACGAAAGUACCAAGGUCCGAGCCUCCCUCCAAGCAGCAACCUACCAAUACAUCUCAGCUGGCCAAAACCUCCCCAAAUACCUCGCCAAGAUAGGUUACAAAGUCCCCAUAGCAGCCGAAGACAACAACUACGCAGGCAGCGAUCCCGACGGCCUCAACUUCUUCGGUCGUCUUCAGAAGAGUUCAGAGUACUAUGAAGCUUUCACAGGCCACAUGGAGGCCUGGACCUCUUGGAAGACACCCUGGACGAAGAUUUACGAUCCUAGCAAGUUGAUCGAGGGUGCAGACCUGAGUAAACCGCUUGUUGUGGAUGUUGGUGGUAAUACUGGUAUUGAUAUCUCGCAUGUUUUAAAGGCGAGACCGGACUUGCCAAAGGGGGCUUUGGUGUUGCAGGAUCUACCGGAGAUUAUUGAACGGGCUGAUGUUGAUGAAAAGAUCACGGCUAUGGCUCAUGAUUUCUUCAAACCUCAGCCUGUGAAGGGAAGCCGGGCUUACUUUAUGCACGCCGUUCUUCACGACUGGCCUGACGCUCAAGCAACACAGCUCCUUCAGAACACCAAGGACGCAAUGCAGAAGGGCUACUCUAAACUCUUUAUCUAUGAUAUCGUGCUGCCACCAACUGGAGCUAGUAUCAGCCAGACCACCAUGGACGUUCAGAUGAUGUCUCUUCUUUCAGCUUCUGAGCGAACCAAGAGUCAAUGGGAGGAAUUGCUUACAGGGGCUGGGUUCAAGAUUGUUAAGUUUUGGCCUGACCCUCAGCAGUACGAGAUGUUGAUUGAGGCUGAGGUUGCAUGA